AUGGCGCUCAGCCUAAUGUGUCUCCUUCCCCGCCAGGUGUUCUCCAUUGUGGUGUUUGGCUCCAUUGUCAAUGAGGGGUACGUGAACCGCCUGGACGAGGAACAAGAGCACUGCAUUUUCAACCGCAAUCGCAAUGCCUGCAACUACGGCAUCACCGUGGGUGUCCUCGCCUUCCUCAGCUGCCUUCUCUACCUGGCUCUGGAUGCCUACUUCCCACAGAUCAGCAGCGUCAAGGACCGCAAGAAGGUAGUGCUCUCGGACAUCGGAGUCUCGGCCUUUUGGGCAUUCCUCUGGUUCGUUGGCUUCUGCUUUCUGACCAACCAGUGGCAAGCUUCAAAAGAAGAGGACAACCCAAUGAAUGAGGGAGGGGAUGCAGCCCGAGCAGCCAUCACGUUCUCGUUCUUCUCCAUCUUCACCUGGGGCUCCCUCACAUUUCUGGCUUUCCGGAGACUCAGAGACAUUACUUUUCAGGAAGACUACAACACCCUGUUCCCUAACUCCCCAUCCUUGCUGCCUUACCUGAACCUUCAUGCCCUCGGGGGUGUUUCACCAGGGGUCUGCCAGAAUGAGGAGGAUGCUACAGAUGCGGUGGGGACAUACCAGCAGCCCCCCCCAGCAGAUGCUUUUGACACCGAGACACAGGGGUACCAAACGCAGAACUACUGAGCCACCGAUGCCCCUUUCCCUCCCCCUUUCCCUUCCGCCCCCUUUCCCGCUGCUGGCAGAAAGCCGAGGCACAAACCAGACACGUGCCUAGUGGCACAAGAGGUGGCUCUCAGCUAUGCUCCAGCCUUCUGGGUCAUCUGUUUUUAUUUAUCGUUUUUAAAAAA